AUCAAAAGGUGUCAGUACACUGUACACUGAACACACUUUGCACGUGAAAGCAAUUUGUGAGGAUAUCGGGGGUUUCUUUAUAAUAAAUCUAACGUUAGUUCAUAUACGAAAAGAAAUCAUGUGUCAGGUUGACGAAGAGUAUAAUGGUUUGGAGAAGACACCUGUGCCGACGCUAAACAAGAAAUGUGUGAAAUGUAAGGAGGAAACUGCAGUGCUGAUCAUACGUGUCAGUGAUGCCUUUUGCAAGUCCUGUUUCAAAGAGUAUUUCAUUCACAAAUUUCGAGCCAUGUUGGGAAAAAAUCGUGUCAUCUUUCCCCAAGAAAAGGUUCUUCUGGCUUUGUCUGGUGGAGCUUCAUCCUGCUCGAUGCUCUCACAAGUCCAAGAGGGACUUGGUCGGGAUGCUCCCAAAAAGCUGAGAUUUGUACCUGGAAUUGUAUACAUAGAUGAGGGUGGAGUCACUGGACUGAGUUUAGAUGAGAGGCAGAGGUCUGUCACUAAACUGAAGAAAAUCUUCACAGAGACCGGCUUUCCUUAUUUCAUACUACCUCUGGAACAGGUUUUCAGUCUGCCCACAUCUGUACUGAUGCCUGUGACGUCUGAUCCGGAGCGGUCUGAUCCCAGUUAUAAAGAGGCGGUGGAUCAGUAUAUAAGAGAGAAACGUCAGGUCACAGAAGCGUCCGUCAGUGCCGUGUCUCAGGAGGAGUUUAUCUGUUCCCCUGAACACACCGAGUCAUUACAGAGACUCUUCUCAUCUAUUAAAACACUCACGGCUAAAGAAGACAUGCUGCAGACUUUAAGGCAGCAUCUGAUCCUGCACACGGCCCGUGCGAACGACUACACGAAGGUCAUGAUGGGCGACAGUUGUUCGCGUCUGGCUGUGAAACUGCUCAGUAACAUCGCUUUGGGCCGCGGAGCAGCGCUGGCUUCAGACACGGCUUUCUCAGACACGCGCUACGGGGAUGUGGUGAUCGUGAGACCCAUGAGGGAUUAUUCAUCUAAAGAGAUCGCCUUCUACAACAGGAUGUUCAACGUGCCCUCAGUUUUUAUCUCCAGCCUGGAUACGAAGAGACAUGAUAAAGCCAGCAUCCAACGGCUGACUGAGAGUUUUGUCACCAAUCUUCAGGCUGAUUUCCCCUCCACUGUUAGCACCAUCUAUAGAACAAGUGAAAAACUUCAUACGGCUUUGCCCAAACAGAGUCAUGAACCUGCAGCUAAGUGUUUGUUAUGUCUCUGUGCCAUUGACACUAACGUAGAUAAAGCGUCCGCUUUCCAUGCUACUUCAGUAUCUGAGCAGUUAUCCCAGAUCAAACUUCAGGAUUCAUCUGAAGGUUCAUCAAAGCAAUGCUGCGGUGAAGGUUGGCAGUGUGAAACUACAGGCUCAUGUUCCUUUAACAGGUCUCUUCAGUACGAGGAUUUAAAGACACUGUUGUGUUACAGCUGCAGACUCACUGUUAAAGACAUGGAAGAAGUAAACACUUUGCCGUCCUACAUAACAACAGAAGCUGAGAAACGUGAGAUGAGAUCUCGCAUGAAGAUGCAAAUCAGCGAAUUUCUCUUGGAUGAUGAUGAAUAGCAGAUGCUUGGUUUGGAUUGGUUGUGUUAAAUGUGUUAAUAUCAUUUUCAGUUUAUUAUGCACCACUGAAUUGUUUUUAUUCCAUUGGAAUCAAUGAUUUCUUC